AUGACUCUAACCCGUUUCAUAGGCGCAGAUUUCUCAAACUCUCGCCGAUCCUCUUUCUCCGCCGUGGCUGGAACCGAUAAUCUCAAACGGAAAUUCGACGAUUUCGUCUCAUCGUCCCCUGAUCACGGCGUCGAUCUCCUCCAAAAGAUGAAGAGGCACGAGGUCGACGCCGAUCACAUGUCGGCCUCUCAACCACCGCAUGAAUCGUCGGGAUCCGGUGACAAUUCCGGCCUGGAUCGACCGUUUUCUUCGGCCUCGGAGUGCUCCUCCUCCUCCUCUUCUGUUCCCGAGUCGUCCGAGUUAUCCGAGUCGACUCGGUUACAAAUCCUCGUCAAGAUGAUGUCAGGUAAAACGAUCGUGAUCCAGGCCGAUCAAAACGACACCGUGGAGAAGCUUCACCAGAGAAUCGAGCUGAGAACUGGAAUCCCGGUGAUCGAGCAUAGGGUUAUCUACAGAGGUAAGCAGCUUCAGUUCGAGCAUACUCUCAGCUACUACUCCAUCGAGCAAGACGCUUCUCUCCAACUCGUCGGACGGAUGCGGAGCACGGAGCACCCCGUGGCUUGGCAAACUAUCGAGGACAUCAUGCGCACCGUCGUGCAAAUGCUCAAAGGCGAGACUGAGAACCGCGACGGAGCCUUGUCCGUCAGCAACAUCAACGAGAAGCUCGUCGCGUUUUUCGCCGAGAUUCCUGUGAACAGCAACGAUUCUAGUGAGGUGUACCUCAAGAUUCUCGCGAGCUCUUCGGUCCCAGUUGGUCUGGUGAUGCUCUACGCUUCAAAUUUAGAGAUUAACAAAUCCUGCGGCAAGAGCUCCAUUAAGCUCUUCUUCAAUAGUUGCAUAGGUCUGCCAAGGGAUCAGCAGACCUUUUGUUUCCCGAUCGUGUUGGAGUUUGGUAGGUUGCUUAGGAGAGCUUGCCCUAACAACAAGCUCUACGUGUCUUGCCGGAACACCUUGGGAUCAAUGCUGGAACUGCUUCUAGGCUGUAAAAGAUUCGAGUGUAGAUUGUUGAGCUUCGGUGUGGAGCUUUUCCCGUUCUUUAUCGAGCUGGUUCAUCUUGUGGUGAAAGAGAUGGUCGAUGACGAAGGGCCUAGUUCAUGUGACGUUCAUAAACUCACUUUCUUUUGGCAAGCCUUGAAGAUAGUCACUGAGUUCCAUGCCUCUGGCUCGCUUCCCAUUGCUUCACCUCGGGGAAACACUGUACUGGAUGUGGAGAUCGAACAUGUUCGUCUGUUGCUCGGGAUGUUGUUGGCUACGAUGGACAAUUCUAUGGCGAGGAUCGAAGCUUUGUUGGGUGGGAGAGGAGCUGCCAACACUGAAGCCAUGUCUUCGAAGUGGUCUCAGUAUCUUACUCUCCUGAAGGUUAUCAGUUCCAUAUCUGAUGUCUAUGUAGGUGCUAAGGAACAGGUAGUUUCUCUUUUAAAUACCAGGAAGGUUUCGUUCUGCGCACUCGUUUUGAAAUUCGCGAAAAGAGGUGAGGAUCACCAGUGGAUCUUUGAGUAUAAGGAAGCUACGACCUUUGAAUCUAGGAGGCAUCUGGCGAUGCUGUUGUUUCCUGACGUGAAAGACGAGUAUGAUGAGAUGCACGAAAUGCUCAUUGAUCGGUCCAAUUUGUUAGCUGAAUCGUUUGAGUACAUUUCGGGAGCAACCCCUGGGGCACUUCAUGGUGGUCUGUUCAUGGAAUUCAAGAAUGAGGAAGCUACAGGUCCUGGUGUUCUGAGAGAAUGGUUCAAUUUGGUGUGUCAAGAGAUAUUCAAUCCGCGAAAUUCCCUCUUCCUUCGAUCUGCUGAUGAUUUUAGAAGAUUCGCUCCAAAUCCAGCAUCCAAGGUGGAUCCAUUGCAUCCCGACUUCUUCGAGUUCACAGGCCGUGUGAUUGCCUUAGCUCUGAUGCACAAAGUCCACGUGGAGGUGCUGUUCGACCGUGCUUUCUUCUUACAGUUGGCCGCAAAAGAUAUUUGUCUGGAAGAUAUAAAGGACACCGAUCUCAUCAUGUACAAGAGCUGCAAGCAGAUUCUAGAAAUGGAUCCAGCGUUCUUCGACGCAAACGCAGGUCUUGGUCUAACGUUUGUAUUGGAAACAGAGGAGCUGGGAAAAAGGGAAACGAUAGAGCUACAUGAAGACGGGAAAUCAACUGCUGUUACCAGCGAGAACAGGGAAGAAUACGUCAAACUCCUAAUCAAUCAACGGUUUGCCAAAACAAUCUCAGAGCAAGUAAAGCAAUUCUCCAAAGGCUUCUGCGAUAUCCUUUCGGAUACCAAAUCGACCAACUCCUUCUUCAGUGGACUCUACCUAGAGGAUCUCGAUGGGAUGCUUCGAGGAGGCGAAAACCCGAUAAGCAUCGAUGAUUGGAGAGCGCAUACAGAGUAUAAUGGAUUCAAAGAGACUGAUCGACAAAUAGACUGGUUCUGGAAGAUUAUGAAGAAGAUGACAGAGGAAGAAAGGAGGAGUGUACUCUUCUUUUGGACAUCGACUAAGUUUAUACCAGUGGAAGGUUUUAGAGGGUUAUCAUCAAAGCUUUACAUAUAUAGGUUAUAUGAAGAAGGGCUUAGUGUAUCAACAGUUCUCUUGUUGAUUGUUGAAGAAAACGGUGUCGUUUUUGGUGUUUUGUUGAUCGAAACAUGCAAGACUAAGCCUUAA